UAUUAUUAAAUCUCUAGCCAUGUCUUUCUCUCUCUGUUGCCCCAAUUGCCAGUUGCCAGUCCAACCCCUCCCUUCUUCUUUAAAACCCUCUCACUACUCUACUGCUUAGGCCCUUUCGCCUCUCUCUCUGAUCUCUCUCUUUUCUCUUUCUAUGUCUGCUUUGAUCUUCCAUCUUUACUGGAGUUCAUAAGAUCAUUGACUACUGUUCUUUGCUGAUCUCAUCAAUGGCUCCACCUUUUCUUGAGCUCAGCACUAUUGGAAGCCAUGAUCAUGAUCAAGAUCAGUAUGAUCAUCAUCACCAUGACCUCUUCAAUUAUCUAGAACCUCAAUCUUCUUUUUCCUCCACUACUUCCUCUCUUUCUAGUCCCAUAUUCUUAAGUCCAGCUCAAGUCCAAGGACCAAUAUCUGAUCACUACUAUAGAGAACAGCAAAACUUUCAAUUCCAGCUACUAGAGGCUGAUCACAUUGUUUCGUAUGGCGGAUCAUGUGAUCACGAUCAGACCCUUGGAAAUGAAGGUGAGAAAGGUACUCUGAUUUCCAAGCAUGGAGCUGAUGAUCACAGAAAUCAUGAAAGUCGAAGUACUCGUGCUGAGAAUAUUUCGGUUAAGUGGAUGUCUUCGAAGAUGAGGAUCAUGAGGAAGAUGACCAACCCGGAUCAAACAAUUAGCAGUAAUACUACUGUUGCUACUAAUGAUAGUACUGCACGAGUUAACUUCUCAUCAUCACACAACUUUGAAGAGCAGAAGCUGCAUCCAUCAUCACCUUUAGGAACCGACAGCUCAAACAACACGAACCCGAUUAGGGUUUGCUCCGAUUGCAACACAACCAAGACACCUCUGUGGAGAAGUGGACCCAGAGGUCCUAAGUCACUUUGUAACGCCUGCGGAAUUCGGCAAAGGAAAGCAAGGCGGGCCAUGGCCGCAGCCGCGGCAGCAGCAAACGGCACAACCCUGGUGGUGGAGGCGGCGCCAUCUAUGAUCAAGACGAAUAAGGUGAAACUUAAAGACAACAAAACUAUUCCAUUCAAGAAAAGGUGCCACAAACUUACUACCUCCCCUUCACCUCGAGGCAAAUCGAAGACCAAGCUUCGUUACAAAGAUUUCUCAAUUAGCAGCAUGAAUCAGAAUUCAGGCGCUGCUCCUCCUACUACUGCUACUACUACUACCACCACCACUUUUCAACGAGUUUUCCCUCAAGACGAGAAGGAAGCUGCGAUCCUGCUAAUGGCCUUAUCUUGUGGACUGGUUCAAGGUUGAGAGUCGAGUUUCGACCGUAAUUCUUUCCCUAAUCAGUUCCACUAUCUUUUGUAGUACUAUUUUAGCUAAAUUAGAACUAGAUCGAGCAAGUUCAAGUUAGAUAGAGAGUGAGAGAAAGGAACAAAAUCAGUGAGGAAUGAAGUUCAAUAAAAGACAAAAAUAAAAGUUUAACUAUGUUGUGAUCCUAGGAGUUAUGUGAGCUAAAUUUCUGUAAUAUUUUGGACAAGUUGAUUAUUAACCAUAUUAUGGUUGACUGCUUGUUCAUCGAUAUAUGUUUUAUGGUGUUUUGCCAUCAUAUAUAAAGGUUUGCCACGCAGUACUGGUACUACCGCUUCAUCUUGAGCU